AUGGACAACGCCCCUUCACACAUUGUUGCUGACCUGAAACUCACCAACAUCACGGUCCAGGUUCUUCCGCCUAAUACGACUUCAAAGGUCCAACCCAUGGAUGCUGGGAUUAUUGCCGCAUUCACGAGGCACUACCGCCGGCUGCAUCUGCAGAAUGCCUUGGACCGUGAAGAGCGCGGAGAAACCAACCUUUACAAGGUUGAUCAGCUCACGGCCAUGCGUUGGUCGCUGGCUGCGUGGAGCGAGAUUUCCAGUGCCACAAUCGCCAACUGCUUCCGUCAUACGGGACUCAUGGACGGUCCGGCUCUGCCGACUGGUGGGGGUGAAAACGAAGCCGGCACUGUUGGCCAGCAGGCCCAGCAGGAGGCAGCAGCUGCUGCAGUAGAGGAGCAGCGCGUGGAACAGGAUCUUGUUUCGGCGCUGGAAAGGCUCCCGCUCCGCAAUCCCAUGUCGAUCGCUUCUCUUCUCAAUCCGGCUGAGGAGGAGGAGACGGCACAUGCGGAGCUGACCGAUGCCGAAAUCAUCAAGCUUGUUGAGGAUCCGUAUGGGGAGGAGGAAGGUGCUGCUGAGGCGGAGGAGGAGGUGGAAAAGCAUUCGAAGGCUGAAAAGCUUGCCAGCCUUAGUCUAUCCAUCGCCCUUCUCGACCUUUCUCAGGAUUCCCAUCGUAUAGCUCACCGGACCCUUCGCCAAGUCCAAGCUGAUCUCCGUAGUGCGAGCACCACUCAGGCCAAACUUGAUUCCUGGCUGAAGUAG